AUGGCAGCUAAAGGCCUAAUAUGUAAUGGAGUAAGACGGCGUAUUGGGAAUGAAAUUUCUACCUUAAUCUGGGGACACCCCUGCAUCCAGGAUGACCAAGAUCCUAUGAUUCAGACAGAGAUGCCACCCCAGUUGGCUGGUGCUAAAGUGAUGGGUUUAAUCGACCAGAAUACAGGUUCAUGGGACCAUCAUUUGCUCACUGAUAUUUUCCAACCAUGUGAUGUAUCUAGAAUUAUGAAAAUACCGAUUUCUCUGGAAUAUGAUGACGUGUGGUACUGGCAUGGGGAUCCUAAGGGAUGCUACUCCGUUAAGAAUGACUACAGGCUCAUCGUUGGAAAUUAUGAGAAUAAUAAUGAUGGUGUAUUCAGUAAAUGGCUCGCUUUAUGGAAGCUUAAAAUUUCACCCAAAUGGAAGACCUUUCUAUGGAGAACUAUAAGUGAUAUCCUUCACAUUCCCACUACCAACAAUUUGCUUAUAAAGAGGGUAGAGGUUGAUCCGAUGUGUGCCAUGUGUGGAAUCAAUAAUGAGGACACUAUGCACUCAUUGGUUUGCACUGAUGGAAUUAUCUACGCAGCAGCAAUUUUAUAUCAUAUUUGGAGAGAACGGAAUGGAGCCAUUUGGGAUGCAUGCCUACCACUGUCGAAGAAAUUACUAGCAACGGCCGGAGCCACUAUGCGAGUAUGGCGGCAAGUCCACCACACAACAGCCGACCGGGCAUCGUCCGAUGGCAACGCCGGUGCUGCCCCUGCCCAGCCGACGAUCCUAGCAGCGCCACUGCCGUCCGGUGCUGCUCACUCUGCCCAGCCGAUGCAUCCAGCACCGUCACUACCGCCCAGUGUGCCCCAUGCUACUGCAACACGGUCGAGAAGAUGCUACGUCGAUGCUGGAUACCACCAUUCGUCGAACUCAGCUACGGUCGGAGCAGUACUCAUGGAUGCGGACGGUGGAUAUAUUUCGGCCUACAACGCUCCUCUACCAAACUGUUUCUCCCCACUUAUGGCCGAGGCGUUUGCGUGCAAAGAGACCUUGUCAUGGUUACGAGCACAUGGAGAACAGUCUAUAGAGUUAUACACAGAUUGUCAGACACUUCAGAGCUAUCUAUCUUCAACAGGAGCCCCGCCUCGUUCGUAUAUUGGUUAUGCUAUUGAUGGAUGCAGAGCUUGCAUAUCUACAUUUAAUUCCUGUUAA